AUGGCGAUCAGUACUUAUAACGCUUGUAGACUUGCAUCGGAAGCGGCCAUCGAAGAUCUGAUGAUGCAAGCCAAGAAGAUCAAGUACGACGUCAUCGGACUGACCGAGACGAGACGACGUCACCCUCUCAACGCCGUAUAUGAAACUGGAGAAGAACUGUUCUUAGGAACAUGCGACAGUAGAGGUGUUGGUGGAGUUGGCGUCCUCGUCAACACGAGUGUGGCAAAGAACAUCGACGCUUUUGAACAACUUACGACCCGAAUCCGACGUCUGCGGAUGAGAAGAUGUGGUCCAACACCAGCUUUGACUAUCUUCGUCGCUUACGCUCCAACAUCAAGCUGCGAAGAAGAAGUCGAAGCUUUCUAUAUGGACCUGGAGAAGUUCUGCCGAAAAGAUCAUGCCUUCUACAAGGUCAUAAUUGGUGAUUUCAACGCCGAAACUGGCCCGAGAAGAACACCUGAGAAACCUCACAUAGGGACCCACUGCCUACAAUGGAAUGAACAGGGGAAGAGGCUCUCCGAGUUCACAAUGACGACUAUGACCAACUACACGAGGAAGGCCGAGAGUUUUAAAACCAACAGAAGACGCCUGUCUCACGAAACUGUUGAGCCGAUACGCCAGCGUGGAGCAGUACGAGCCGCGGGCAACCAAGAACUCACGUCCGAGCUCGCAAAGCUUUACAGAGAGGCGAUAAAAGAAGACCUCAAGGAAAGGAUAGCAGAAGUGCUGGCCGAAGCUGAUGAGGCGGGAAAAAGCAUCCCCUAUGCCCGACGAGACUUCGCCAUUCGCAAGACAAGGAUGAGUGCUCUACGGAACUCCAAAGGAACAACCAUUGCGUGGGGAAUGGACAAAAUCAUCUACGACUUCUACUCUUUCUUCAACAGCCAUGUCCACUUCCCUCCUCACCAUCCGAGGGAAGAUGGAAAUGUCAUUCCAGAGGUUCUUUCGUCGUCUAGAAGUCCGGCAUGCUAUAAUCUCGGUAAGAAAUCGUACGGCACCCGGUCCCAACAGAAUACGACCAGAACACCUGAAGAACUUUUCGCCAGUGCUCAUCAACACUCUGGCGAGGCUCUUUACAUGUUACCUAUCGGAAUGCAAGGUCCCUAA